AUUUUUUUUGACAUAAAAUGACCCUCUACCCAACUUGCCACAGAUAGAUUCUUUAUGUCUUGAUUUUCACAUGUUUUUAGGUUUUCAUGUUUUGUUUUUUUUUUUAUCUAAUCCAAGCUUUGACCCCUGUGUUAUGUGUGUUUCUUUCUUCCAUUAAAUGUUAAUGGUUUUUGGGGGAUCAAUUAAAGUUGAGAAUCUUUCUUCAUGACAAAGGGUAUCUUUAAAAAUUGUGUUUUAGGCAUUGCAUCUAUUCCCUGUUAAAGAAUUCAACUUUUUUGUUGGUCGGUGAUUCUUUAUCAUCAAGCUUUCCUUUUCAAUAAUGGUUUCUUGAGACUAGGGUUUUAAUUUAAGACUCUGGUAUGUUCUUGGUGGGUCACUUGUGAUAUGAUAUGAUGAGUGUUCUUGUGUGGAGUCUUGUUUUACUUCUGAAUUUGACUUUGAAUUUGGGGGUGAAUGGUUUAAGGACACAUAAUGGUUCAGCAGCAACAAGACCAGCUUUUGUGAAAGUUGGAGCCAUUUUCACUUUUGAUUCCACCAUUGGGAAAGUUGCUAAAGUUGCAAUCCAGCAGGCUGUCAAAGAUGUUAAUCAAAAUCCCUCUCUUCUUCCCGGAACAAUGCUUCGAAUGGAUAUGCGCAGCUCCAAUUGUAGCGGCUUUCUCGGCAUGGUUGGAGCAUUGCAGUUUAUGGAGACCGACACAGUAGCAAUUGUAGGUCCACAAUCUUCAGUAGUAGCCCACAUUAUAUCUCACGUAGUAAACGAACUUCAAGUCCCGCUCUUAUCGUUCGCUGCGACGGACCCCACACUAUCCAACCUCCAAUUCCCGUACUUCGUAAGAGCAACACAGAGUGAUCUGUACCAAAUGACCGCAGUAGCCGAAAUUGUAGAUUAUCACGGUUGGCGGGAAGUUAUCGCAAUUUUCAUAGAUGAUGAUUAUGGAAGAAACGGGGUGUUAGCGUUAGAUGAUACACUAGCAGCAAAACGAUGUAGGAUAUCGAAUAAAGUCGGGAUCCCACCUGGAUCGGAAUACGGACGGAGUGAAAUUAUGGAUGCUUUAGUGAAAAUUGCGUUGAUGGAAGCUCGAGUUAUCGUUCUUCAUGUUUAUCCCGAUAUGGGGUUUCUGGUCUUUUCGGUUGCGCGUUAUCUCGGGAUGAUGGGUGACGGUUACGUUUGGAUUGCUACCGAUUGGCUUUCGUCUUAUUUAGAUUCGAGCUUACCGUAUCCGUCCGAUAAAAUGGAAAAUAUGCAAGGGGUUGUCGCUUUACGCCAACACACACCCGAUUCGUUGAAAAAGAGAGAGCUUGUAUCAAAAUGGCGAAAAUUAACGCGCGGUUCAUUCGGGCUAAAUUCUUACGGCUUAUACGCUUACGAUACCGUUUGGAUGAUAGCACAUGCUCUUGAAGCGUUUUUUAAUCAAGGUGGGGUUGUUUCGUUUUCAAAUGAUUCACGGUUGAGUAGUGGUGGUCUUGAGGAUCUUCAUCUUGACGCGUUAAACAUUUUCGAUGAUGGAAAACUGUUGUUGGAUAAUAUAUGGGGAAGUGAUUUUGUCGGUCUAACCGGGCAUAUAAAGUUCGGUGCGGAUCGAAACCUUGUUAAUCCCGCGUACGAUAUUAUUAACAUAAUCGGAACCGGAUUUCGAACCGUUGGGUACUGGUCUAACAAAUCGGGUUUAUCAACAUCGACCCCAGAGGAUCUUCAAGUUAAUCGAUCAAGAACAAAUCAAGAACUUCAUAGUAUUAUUUGGCCUGGAGAGAUUGUGACGAAACCGCGGGGGUGGGUAUUUCCGAACAACGGGAAAGUGUUGAAAAUUGCGGUGCCGCUUAGGGUUAGUUAUAAGGAAUUUGUUUCACAAUUGCCGGGGAGUAACAUGUCGAAAGGGUUUUGUAUUGAUGUUUUUGUUGCUGCUGUUAAUUUGCUACCGUAUGCGGUUCCGUAUCAGUUUGUACCCUAUGGAAAUGGCAAAGAAAACCCGAACUACACUGAACUCGUGAACCGGAUUGCAGUAGGGGUUUAUGAUGGUGCGGUUGGGGACAUUGUUAUAACCACAAAUCGAACAAGAAUCGUGGAUUUCACACAACCGUAUGCUGCAUCUGGGCUCGUUGUAGUGGCUCCGUUUAAGAAAAUGAAUACGGGUGCUUGGGCCUUUUUACGCCCGUUUUCUCCAACAUUGUGGGCUGUCACAGCGGCUUUCUUUCUUGUUGUUGGUACUGUCGUGUGGAUUCUAGAGCAUCGGAUAAAUGAUGACUUCAGAGGCUCUCCCAAAAGUCAGAUCAUAACAAUCCUAUGGUUCAGUUUUUCUACUCUCUUUUUUGCACAUAGAGAGAACACUGCGAGUACUCUUGGACGUAUAGUGUUACUGAUGUGGCUUUUUGUAGUUUUAAUAAUCAACUCAAGUUACACCGCAAGUUUGACGUCGAUUCUCACAGUCCAACAGCUAUCUUCUCCAAUCAAAGGGAUCGAUACUUUGAAAAAGUCCAAUGAUCGUAUUGGAUACCAAGUGGGGUCUUUUGCAGAGCGCUAUUUGGUUGAUGAAGUCGGGAUUCACGAAUCAAGACUCGUGCCUCUUGGAACACCUGAUGCUUACGCUGAUGCACUAUUAAAAGGUUCGAAGAACGGUGGGGUUGCCGCCAUUGUUGAUGAACGCCCCUACAUCGAGCUUUUCUUGUCCAAUCAGUGCAAGUUUCGGGUUGUUGGGCGCGAGUUCACUAAGAGUGGAUGGGGAUUUGCAUUUCCACGUGACUCACCAUUGGCAGUGGACUUGUCAACGGCAAUCCUGUCACUAUCGGAAAAUGGGGACCUGCAAAGGAUCCACGACAAGUGGCUGAUAAGAAGCGGUUGCAGCACUGAUAAUUCGGAGAUUGAGUCGGACCGACUGCACCUGAAAAGCUUCUGGGGCCUCUUCCUUAUAUGUGGCAUCGUAUGUUUCAUUGCCAUUUUCAUAUACUUUUAUCAGGUGUUUCGGCGAUUUCGUGGAGCCACCGCAGAGUCAGAGGGGUCGAAGUCGAGGCGGCUUCAAACACUCAUAUCCAUCAUUGAUGAGAAGAAAGACCCGAAAGAUAGAGAUAAGAAAAGGCAGAAAGUUGAGGAGAAUGAGAUUAGACAUGAUUCAGAACUAGGGUAGAUUGUUUUUUGUUUUUAAACUUGUCCUAAUAAUAAUAAUAAUAAUAAUAAUAAUAAUAAUAAUAAUAUUGCUAUUUAAACUUGUAACUAAAUUUUAAUUAAAAUUUAGAAUGAUAAGUUGUACAUAUUCUUCAUGAUUACGAGUCUUUGGCAUCAA